GGUGUGGAUGUGCGUUUCACCCAGGAACCUUCUAAUCCAAGCUACUUUAGCAAUGGUAGUGAUGCAAACCUGGUGUGGGACUACACUGAUCCACAUAAUAACAUUCAGAGCACUCUCUAUAGCGUUCUGGUAAAUGGUGCAUUUGUCCAAAUGAUGGUUAAUGACAGUCGUGGUGUCCAAGAACAUCCUAAUAUUCCACUUUCUUACAAAGGAAGAGUUAAAAUUGAAGGAAGAGCUACACUGGUAAUCAAGAACAUCAACCCUGGAGACAAUACCAAAUUUAGUUGUAAUGUGUUUGGAAGCUUUAUCUACAAGGUAGAGAGUACAGUUCAGCUUAUUGUAGCGGGUACGUAUUACAGACAAAACCAUUAAUAAUCAAACAUAAAUCAAAUGCAUUCAACUCAUGUCUCUCAUAUUUCUGAGGUCUGGGGAAAGUAAACAAUAGCAUGACCAAUUACAGGCAGCCUGUAAAAUUAAUUUGGUGUGAAAAAUAUGGUAUUGCUUUUCACACCUUUGAAACAGACUUUUCAAAGGGAAAGAAAGUCGGCAUUGCACCGGUCGCUGCUUUCUCUCGAUUAUGAUCUUCGAGGUUUAAAAUGUAAAUUAAUCAACAAAAUGGUGACUUCUUCAAGUAAUUUUCUGGCAAUAAGGAGUAAGUUGAAACUUAAAAGAUUUGUGUGAUGGAGCAAAAUUUUCUUAAGUUAUGAAAGCAAUAAACCAGCGAAGUCUAUAAUCCAAGCUCUUUAUGCUCUUUGAAAGACGCUGAGCGUGCAAACAGAAAGUAAUUCAAUGAUAAUCAACGUGGCCAGGUAGGAAUGCUGUUCUUAGUACAUAUAUGUUAUUUGCCGGCUAAGGGUCGGUCUGUAUGGUGAAAAACUGUGACCGAGGUCUUGAAAAUACUGCCCGAGGCCGUAGGCCGGGGGCAGCAUUUUCAAGACCUCGGUCACAGUUUUUCACCAUACGGACCGACCCUUAGCCGGUAAACAACAUAUUAAUUUUUUUUAAACUUGACGAGAUUCUUUCCGAAAGAAACCGAAUGAUUUAGGGCUGUAAAUACGACAAGAUCUUCCAUAAACUGAACAAUUUUUGAGCGAGUAACUGGUUAAAAUAGAGGUGAUGCAAAUUAAAGAGAGAUGCCUCACCGAAACAUUUUCAUUUCCGCAAUGAUAAAGGUGAUUUAAAAGGCUUGUUAACAAAAUUUGAAACAUUAUUUUUACAAGUAUCUGUCACAAUCUGACACCUGUCAAUAAGAGAGCGCGUAAGAAACAAAACGGCGCAAAAAGAUUUGAAAAACAACGGAACUAGUUUGGCAAGGACUGUCACCACAACAUUUUCUUCAAAGACAGUCAAUGAUCUAACGGAAAGUAUGAUUCACCCUGAUCGACGAUUCAUUCAUGUUCGGAGAUUUACCUCUGUUCAUUAAGGAAACGGCGAGGAAAGUAAUUGCGAGUAAAUUCAAAUUUUUUAAUUUGAAGUUGUGAGAGUUUGCUCGUUUGUUUGCUGCAAUGGCGUGUGUAAAUCUGGUCUUUCGGCCACAAAAACUAAAUUCGAAUGGCACACUCCAACGAGACACAAGGGGAUUUAAUGCAGCCUUUUCUCAAUAAAUUCCUUCAGUUUCUGUUGUGCAAUUUACGGUACAAAUGUCCAAAUUGAACGGACUUGGAAAUACUCACCGGGAGCGUAUAUUUGUUGUAGAACUGAAAUUAAAACUUCUCUCGCUCUUUCACUACGAACAAAUUGUUUGAGAAAAUUCAGAUAUUCAAUGAAUGAAAGCUUCAUCGCUCAGUUAACUGUAACCAAAUACCUCACGUUUUAACUUUCUUGGUAUUUUUUGUGAACGAUUUAAAUUAAUUGCAGACGGUUUAUAGGCCGCUUGUCAACCAACGUAAUGACGCUAUUGCUUGCACAAAUUCAUUCUGAAACCAACAUUUUUCUGUCAACCAAAGUGAUGUGAGAAAGAGAAAAGAGAGGAUUCAUAAGUUAUUUAUCGGCUUGAAGUAGUGGCCGACGUGUUUGCUUAAAAAUACCGCCCAGCCGGAAAAACGAGAUAUAUUUAUGAAAAAUGGUAACGAAAGUUGGGAUGUACUCGGCGACUCACGAAAGCGUUACCGUGGCCCGUGGGCAGAGAUAGGAAAAUACUGACCGGGUAAAGAACCAAUCAGAUUGCAGGAUAUGUUACCGUGCCCUCUAAAAAUAAAUAAAUGCUGUUAUUCAUGGAGUUCAGUUCAAAAGCUCUAAUUUUAUUGCUGACUUUGGUUGCUCUACUGAGAAACUGGCUGAAUUCCUCAAAAAGCUUUAAGAGACUAAACGUAUUCAAUUUCAAUUUAGAGUAUGAAACGUUUUUUGAUCUUAUGUAACGUAAACAUUUUCUGAUAUCAAGUAUGUAACUUCUUGUUCCUUUGACUGUGAUUCAAAGUUGAAAACAUUUGUGAUAUCUCAAUACUCAUGUACAAUUUACCUCAUUGUUUGCUUGAAAGAUUUCAUUCACUUGUUGUGAACAAUCCAAACACACUGUUUACUACGUUUAUUUGCUUAUUUUUGGGGCAAAACGAAUCGUCAUUCGCAUUUGUUUUACGUAGCCCAAAGCCAAUCCAUGUCUCAUAUUUCACCUGUAGAAAAAAAUCAAGAGUCACAUUUUGUUUUCUUUUUACCAUAGGAAGGCAAUUCUUAUUGAUGCAUCAUUACCAUCUUUGUAACAGAUUUUCCAAAACUUUCAGAUGGUUCUUCUCUACCCUCUCGAUCAAGAUAGACAUACAUGUAAUGGAACCCUAAUAUGGAAAGCGCUGUAAAUAUACUACAGAAUACUUGAAUCUCAAUGAAUUGUCUAUUUAAAUCUUAAAGGCGACUUAAGGGCCACAUUUUGUUUCCUUUUUACCAUAAAAAGCAAUUCUUAUCUAUGCAUCACUGCCAUCUUUGUGAUAGAUUUUCCAAAACUUUCAGGUGGUUCUUCUCUACCCUCUUGAUCAAGAUAGACAUACAUGUAAUAGAACCCUAAUAUGAAAAGCGCUGUAAAUAUACUACAGAAUACUUGAAUUUCAAUGAAUUGGUUAUUUAAAUCUUAAAUGCGACUUCUUGAUCCUCAAAAGCAUUGUGAAUUACAGCUGUAAAAUAAAAACCGAAAUUUCCGAAUGAAGUGAAGCUUUCUGACAUCUGGUUAAUUGCGUUCCCUGACGUAUAUCAUUUGCAAGUAUAGAUAUAUCUGUAUUGUAUUGUUCAACAUUUUAUUUCAAAAAUUAAAAACAAAUGGAAAAAGGAAAAUUUAUAAAUAUUCGAUUAGCGAUCGUGGAAAGCCAUGUGCACAUCACAGAGAACCAAAGGCCCCUAGAUGAUGUGAUAGGUAGUCUCUCUCCUUUCUUCUCUACCAAAAUGCUGGUUGUGAUUUACAUGUAGAUUGUGUUUGGACAAAAGUUGAAAUAAAAAAUGGAGUCUAUUAUGUAACAAGAUAUUGUUUUGGAGAAGUGUGUUAGUAACUUAGAUUCUCGUUUGAUCUGUUUGACAGCUUUUCAUUCACUAGUUUUCUCUUGUCUGCUAACCUCUAGCCAAGAUGUUCCAUGCGCUAUCAAAUAAGUUUUGCAGAUUUUGACUAAGGGUGUUCAUCAUGAUCUUUUCGGUAUUGGGUUUCAAAAAAACUUCAUCUUUUUCCUGACUAUAUUAAAGAAAUAAAAAAAGCGCCGAGUGCAUUGUUGAGUUAUAUGAGCACGUGGGAAAUUUUACGUCCACGGGAGAAGUGCGGAGAAGCACUAGCCAAAAGCGAGUGCUACUAGCACUUCUCGAGUGUUCCUAAAAAUUCUUAAGUGCCUAUAUAACUCAACAAUGCUCAAGGAACAAGUUUUUUUUUACUUUUAUAGAAUGUAUCGUGAAUUGUGCGCGCUCGUACCGAUGACGUACACUGCCUGCAUUAUAUCUCAACAGUGCACUCGUGUGACGUAAGGCGCGUGCUUUAUGGAAGUAUAAUGAACUCGUUCUGACCAAUCAGGGCGCGCGCAUUUCUCUGAACAUUUUACAAUUCAUCAUCAAGAGAUUAAAUGCUUUUUUCUAGCUGGCAUAGGGUCUUCCAUGUUGGUAUCAUUUAACCCGUUAAAGCACUUAAAUUUGGCAUACAUCCUAAGGUUUCUGCUACUUUGCUGCUGAUGUCAUCAAUGACAUAAAUGAGGCUCUCCACGGUUUCUGUCAUUUGAAGACAGUUAAGAAUCAUUUUGUUCCUUUUGAUAGGGGGAACAUUUUAGCACAAUUUGAAGGACUUCGGCCUUCUUCUGGUCUCCUAGUUUCUUAGUUGAUAAUAGUUGAUCAAUUUUCUCGUUAGGCUUUGACUUCUACUUUAAGCGGUAUUUUGAACUAAUUCACCUUAUGUAAAUGUACUUUAACCAUAGCUGCGCUUGCAUAGAAAUAUCGGCAGUGUAAGGCGAUAACUCAGUGUAAUCUUGGUGGAGAUCUGGUAUAGGUUGUGGGCUAGACAGUUCUACGCUUACGUGCAAGAUGCCAGGUAAAUGAAAAAUAGCCACAGGGUUAAGAAUUGGAAAUUUUAUUCUCACUAUCUUUCCUUCAAAGUUUUGGAUCAGCAAUUGUAAAUGUGCAGAUAUCACUCUAUGGGCUGAAAUAUUCAAAGAGUGAAGCACCGUAAGACUUCCAGAAUGCAUUAUGUCCCAAAACUAAAUGAAAUUGAGCUGUUGUGUAACACCCUAAUUCAACAAAAAUAUUUUGAUUUAAAUUAAAAUUGUCCACAAAGACCCGUUUUUUUCUCUAUUAAGAGUCACUUGACCUUGGAACCUUGGAAAGGAAACAGUUAAAGGACGAUGAAAUAACGAAACUUACUGAGAAAGAAAAGUGGGAAAUUCUUACCGAUCAAACUAUCGAAACCCAUCAAGGAACAAUGAGGGUACUGUUCCAGCCACUGUCUAAACCUUGUUAUUGUUGGCAGCUUGAAGAUGAAAAUCUGACACAGAAAUGGAAUGGCCAUUAGCGAACAAAGAGUACUGUAACUUGUGAUUUUAUUGUUGUUUCAGUCUAAUAGAUCCCCCAAUUUGCUGUUGUCACCGCUAAUUUUAAAAGAUUCUAGUCGGUUACGAUGUCUAUUAUGGACUCGGAAAAAACUGAUAGCUCCAAUUUCAAAAAUCUUUAAAGAAGGUAGCUGUUUGCACACAUUUAUAAGGCCUAAGACAUGAUAAUGGUCUUCUAAGAGAAUGCAGCUUGUGAUAUCUAGCACUGAGAGCAUUUAGCUAUCAUUGUAUAUGAUUGAAAGGGUGGUUUAUCCUAUAAUUAUAAUUUAAUGAAGCAUUAGCUUGUUUUGCAUGAAAACUGCAUUUUUUGUAAGAAAGCUACACGUUUUUGAUUUUGGGAUAGAUCAAGUUAGCAUAAACUAACACAAGAUGAAACUCGUUUUGCCAUGUAACUCUCUUAAGGCUCUUAUACCCAACAGAUUUUUAGAGAUGUUUCACCGCUAGCACCCUUAAUUCUUGAGUAUAGGCAAUUAUAAAUCUAAACAAAAGUCCAAAUAAUUCUGAAAUAAAUAGAAUGAGGAAUGUAGUAAGUUUUGAGCUCAGUAAAAAAAUAAAGAAAGAUGUUUUUCGUCUUGCCACGAGCGUGGGACAAAGAAACAAUUGUGAGUCCUCAUGAGGAUUCGGACCUCAGACCUUUAAAUUCCGCGCUCUGAUGCUCUACCGCUAUGAAUUUCAUAUAUGACAAGUGUCCUGCAUACCUAUAGGAUCAGCGAUGUCGACAGGCUCAUGUUUGUAAAUAGAAUAAGAAAGAUGGUAGGUUUUUGAGCUUGGUAAAGAAAUGGAAAACUCGUUUUGUCACGAGUAUGGGACAAAGAAAAAGGUAUUUUUUGCAUUUCUUACUCAAACCUCUAGUUUGCAACAAAGAAUAUUACUCUCAGUACGAAUAUGAAUUAAAUAGUGCCUCUAAAACUUCUUUCUCCCCAUCUUCUGUAUUUUCUUGAUUAACAUCUGCGCCUCUUGAUGGUCUCGAAGACAGUUUCUCUGUUAAUGUUAUACAAGCUCGAAGCUUAUGUCAGUUAUUACUAGGGAACUACUUAGCAUAGGUUUAAGUCGUCUUUUUGCUCUCAAGUACAUGUAUUUCUCUCCUAACAUUCUGGGCACUACCUGUUUUGUGUUUUCACCAAAACUAAGACUGGAUCAUGUUAUAUAAAAAUUUAAUUGUUUGUUUGUUUGUUUAUUUAUUUUCUAGCAAGUGCCUCUGUUUGCCUCAUAUUGGCUACGGCCCUGACUGAUUUCACUUUAGUUUUAAGAACCAAUUAAAAUUACCUUACCAGUGGUAUUUGGAACACUUUUUCACGAUUGUAUUGAAAUGUAGCUCUCCUCUUUAAGGGGGUUACAUGCAUUCCCAGAGCUCUGAUGGAAUGAUGCUGCUUCAUUGAAAAGAUAAUGUCCUCUAUAGAAUGAGGAUUUGUUUGAUUUGCUGACUGAUAACUUCUCUAUUGCGAAAUAGCAAAACGUUUAAUAAUAUUAGUCUUACCACAAAUUGCUAAAAGUGGUCUCCGUACAGUCCAUUCUUAAUGCAGAAAAGUAAUUUGUGUUCUUUGUAUUUGACUUGGGCUUAAGAACCUUUUACCCGAAACUCUCCCUUCUGCAAACUCCCUCUGCAGAACAAUUAUGGUGAGCAAUCAAAUUAUUUUAUGUUUGAUGAAGGAACAACCAGUGCAAGGAGCAAUCGCAUUCAGCAUGUCACUGGUGUGUUCUUCUUAUCCUAAGGAAUCCAUAGUUUCUAUUUCAUCACAAUUUCAGUUCUCUGGGUUGAGGAUGUCUUCAGUAGAUCCUUUGUCAGGCCAAGUUCCAAGUGAGGUGUAGCUUGAUUGGCUUUGUUCUUAUUUGUUUGGGCAGCAACAAAAAUUUUAUCCAAAAAAGUGGGAGUAGCUUAGAAGCCAGAGUCCAUAGCCCAAUGAAUGACUUCCUGAAUUAGCCCUUAACCUCCUAAGCAGGGGCUCCGCUUUGCAAUUAAGCUUGAGAGCAAGUUCUCCGGUAGCUAGCGGCAACAGGUUAACUUGUCCUGAAUGAAGUUUAAGCCUCCUUAUACUACCAGUAAUUGGUUGUAGGGGACCAAUUGCUGGAUACUUUUGUUUAUUUUAUUGUAAUUAGUAAUUUUAAGACGCAGUCCAUGUAAGAUUUGCCAAACCAUAUGAGUAAUGUUAUAAUCUCUUUUACCUUUCAGAGGCACCACUUAUAAACAUCUCUUUGGUAGGAAAAUAUUACAUUGAAGGAUCCCCUGUUACCAUAGCCUGUAAAGCUUCUGGGAAACCACUGCCGCAUGUAGCAUGGAUUAGAAAUGGAGUAUUGGAAAGUUCAGGGCAGAAAGCUGCGUUGUUAAGGUUUAAUAAUAUAAACAGAAUGGAUGCAGGACAAUAUACAUGUCGAGCCAAUAACUCGUUGGAAGUCACUUCCAUUGACACAACAAUUAUAGUUUACUGU